GAUGGGGAGAGUGGAGUGAACCCAAACAUCCUGUGUUCGCCAGACUGGUUUCUAAUAGCCUGCUGUAGGUGUACUGGUUACCAGGUUAACUAUCGGUUAUGCAUUACAGUAGUUAAUCAUAGUAACGGUGGAAAGUUUAGCAUUAGCUUUUGCUAAGCACUCAGUAAAACCGUUAACGAGAGCUGACAGGUGACUUUCUCUCAACUCUCAGAUAUCUCUGGGAAGCAGCAAGUGAAGAACAUGGCUACAUCCUCAGUGGAGUACACCAUUGGAGGGGUGAAGAUCAACUUCCCCUGCAAGGCUUACCCGUCCCAGCUGGCUAUGAUGAAUUCAAUCGUACGAGGACUGAACUAUGGGCAGCACUGUUUGCUGGAGAGCCCCACUGGAAGUGGAAAGAGCUUGGCUUUGCUGUGCUCUGCUCUGGGCUGGCAGCAGGCUCAGUUGGCUAAACUUAAAGAAGGAGGAAGCCUUUUGGAGGACAAGAGCCAGUCGGAUAAAAACUUUGGCGACUAUAAGAAGUCAGAUGUAACCAUGCCCUGUCAGUGUGUGUGCCACAGCAAAGUUAGCAGCACCACAGCUACAACAACAGCCAAACCCGAUGUUGUGGACCUCACUGUGUCACCCUCCAAAGAGUCGACGCAGCUUCUAGCACCUGAAAAGAUGCCAUCACCCGAAGAGUUGCAGCCCAAGAAACUGUCUAUAGCCUCUCGUCUGUCUGAGAAGUUCCUGUCCUCCCUCAGCUCUGACCACGGGAAGGACGACGACUUUCAGCCAGAUAAGAAACGCAUUCGAACUGCCGAACACAAGCAGCGUAAAAGGCAGCGUCUUGAGCAGGGAGUGGUAUUCAUAGAUGAUGAGCUGGAUAAUGAGCCUUCAGGUCCUCAGGGUUGGACCAUGGAGCCAAACACCCAAGCAGCUGGUCAGUCCUCAUCAUGCUGCUCCCCUGAGCCCUGUUCCCGGUGCCUGUGCUCUUCAACAAAAGACGGUGUGAAGGACAAAGCCAAUGAUGGCAAGAAGAAGAUUCCCAAGAUCUUCUUUGGCACUCGAACACAUAAACAGAUAACUCAGAUCGCCCACGAGCUGAAGCGCACGGUUUAUUCCGGUGUGCCCAUGACCAUUUUAUCAAGUAGAGGUCACACAUGUGUCAACCCAGAGGUGGUGCCUCACUCCAACCGCAAUGAACGCUGCAAGGAUCUUCUGGAUGCCAAAGAUGGCAGGUCAUGCCACUACUACCAUGGUGUCCAGAGGAUGAGAGACCAGCGCACACUACAGCGGGUCCACGGACUCCAUGACGCGUGGGAUAUAGAGGACCUUGUCGCAAUAGGAAAACGUCUCCGGUCAUGCUCCUACUAUGCUGCCCGUGAACUUAUGCAGGAAGCCUCCAUCAUCUUCUGUCCAUAUAACUACCUACUUGACCCAAUGAUCAGAGAGAGUAUGGAAAUCGACCUGACAGGCCAGAUUGUGGUGCUGGACGAAGCCCACAACAUUGAGGACUGUGCAAGAGAGAGUGCCAGCUUCACUUUAGACCACCAUAGUCUGCUGAUGUCCAGGGAUGAGCUUGACAGCAUGGUCAACAACAACAUCAGGCGCUCCGAACACGAGCCACUCAGGAACUUCUGUUAUAGCCUGAUCAACUGGAUCCAGGAGAGCCAAAGCCUGAUGUCUGAACGGGGAUAUGAGCAGGCCUGUAAAGUCUGGAAUGGAAAGGAUGUAGUGGGCAUCUUUUACAACAUGGGCAUCACUGCUGACACCUUCAACAAUCUGAAGAAAAACCUGGCAGCAGUGUUGGAGAAAGAGGAGCGUGUUGGUUUGAUCAAUGGUAAAGAGGAUAUGGUUCAGGUUCCAACCAUCAGCUCGGCAACCUCCACUGUCCUCAAAAACCUCUUCAUGGUGCUGGGCUUCAUCUACUCCUCUGAAGACAACUGCAGGGCUGCUGAAGACUACCGAAUAGCUCUGCAGAAGAGCUAUGCUUGGACGAACCAAGUCCCAUCUGAUGCACCUGAUGCCCAGGGCUUUUUUGUUCGGCCACACCGCAGGCAACGGCAGAGCAUCCGAGUCAAGACGGAAGUCUUGACCCUUAGCUUCUGGUGCCUCAACCCUGCUCUGGCUUUCUGUGACUUCAGUAAGUCGGUGCACAGCAUUGUGCUGACCUCAGGAACCCUGUCACCCAUGGGCUCCUUCUCCUCUGAACUUGGGGUGAAAUUCUCCAUCCAGCUGGAGGCCAACCAUGUUAUCAACAAGUCCCAGGUUUGGGUGGGCACUGUUGGUGAAGGACCCCAAGGCAGAAAACUCUGUGCCACCUUCCAACAUACUGAAACGUAUGCCUUCCAGGACGAGGUGGGUGCGCUGCUGCUCCAUGUCUGCCAGGUCGUUGCCAAGGGUGUGCUAUGCUUUUUGCCUUCUUACAAGAUGCUGGACAAGUUGCGAGACAGAUGGAACAACACCGGUCUCUGGAAGAAGCUAGAACUACAGAAAGCCGUGAUCGCAGAGCCCCGCGGUGGUGGCAAGGGGGAUUUUGACGAACUGCUUCAGAGGUACUACGAUGCCAUCAAGUACUGUGAGGAAGAAAGAGAUGGUGCCCUGCUGAUCGCUGUCUGUAGGGGUAAAGUGAGUGAAGGACUAGACUUCACUGAUGACAAUGCCAGGGCAGUGAUCACCAUUGGAAUUCCCUUCCCAAACAUCAAAGACCUCCAAGUGGAACUAAAGAUGAAGUACAAUGACCAGCACUGCAAAUCACGAGGUCUUCUCCCAGGCAAUCGUUGGUACGAGAUUCAGGCCUACAGGGCUCUAAACCAGGCCCUGGGAAGGUGUAUCCGCCACAGGAAUGAUUGGGGUGCCCUAAUUCUAGUGGAUGACCGUUACCGGAAUAAUCCCAAUAAGUACAUCACAGGUCUGUCUAAAUGGGUCCGCCAGCUCGUUCAGCAUCAUGGCACCUUCAGCAAUGCUAUACAGUCUCUGGUAGCAUUCUCUCAGGUGCAACAGAAGGUGGAGGGGCCUCCUGCAGACAGUCAGGCCCUCAGCUCUGUUGUCUCAUCUUCAAACAGUCACUUGUCAGUAUGUGUACAGGGUCUGCCCAAUGCCACACCCCGGCCAUGUGUCAAACCGCCUGAACCCCAGCAGGACACAAGCCCCUCGACUACCCAUUUCUUUUCUCUUACACAGUUGAAAGCUGAGCAAAGUGAAAAAGCAGAUUGGUUGAAGGCGAUGCCCAGUCCACAAGCAGAGCCCCCAUUGCAUCAAAAAACAACAGCUAAUCCUCUUUACAACAUUUUCACCUCUAGCCACAUCAGCACCUGCUUCAAGAAGCCCAACUUAAAAGAAAAAGCAGCCAGUAUUUCCAGCCAGCAAUUGGAAACAUCUAAUCACUCAGAGCACCAGGAGAAACAGCAAAUAUCCACUCCACAAACAAAGACUGAAGCAACUUGUCUUAAAAAAGGGUCUGGAGACAGGUCCAUUGAAAUCAAAGUGGAACCACACAGGCUGGCUCUGGAGCCUUCCCGAGAAACAACCCUUUCCAGCUGUGAGAGUCAACUUUUGUCAGAAGACAAUCUUGACAAAGAUGAAGAUGAAGAGGAGGAGGAGGAGGUUGAGGAGGACCAAACUGUUUUCUUUACACCAGAACUUUUCGAGGAUGAAGACAAAAAAGGCAGCCCACAGAGCGAGACGAAGACCAAGUCACCUCCCAGGAUGCUUUUGGGGGCAGAGAGGCCUACCCUGCUCUCAGAAGAACUUUUUGGCUCUGAACAGGCCCGAGGGCAAGGGUCAGCCUCUGCUUUUGAUGGACAGAGUGCUAUUUCAGUCAGUAAGGAGAGCACAGAGCUAUCACAGAGACAGCAAGAUGAAAUCAUAAGACAGAAGCAAGGUGAGGAGGAAGAGCAGGUGGAUAACCAGAGCAGUCAGACAGGCAGUAGGCUUCGCAGGUUGUCGAGGUCCAGAAAGCCAGCUCCCUCUACUCCAUCAGGUAACUAACAACCUCGACAUAAGAAAUAUUGUCUGUAAAUAUUAAUGUUUUAUAUGCAAAUAUAGUGCAUAUAACAUGUCAACGCACAUUCGCUUAUCAGUAGAUUGUGAUUGAAACAACACAGUGCAGUGUACCAUAUUCAGUUCAACCAUUGCUGCAUAAGUUUCAGAGUUCAUCUCGCUGAAUAUCCUUGUUGUAAAGUAUCUACAUGUGUUGCAGCAGCCUCAGGCAACUAGCCUACACACUAACCAUGCAUACCGUAGAUGAUGAGCCCUCUCAUAUCAGCAUCUAAUAUAGUGUGACAACACAUCUUAUUAAGGCCAUGAAGGCCGGUUCUCAGUUAAAAAACGCAUUACUAACCAACAGCAGGGAAACGGCUGCGCUGAUUGUAUGUGCCUUUUAACAAAUCAUUAAAAUAAAAAAACCACACACUAACUUGUUUUGCUAUGAAGUAGGUAAUCAUUUUGUUCUGUUUUAAUGAUGUGUUUGUAGAUAAUUGGUGACAAAUGUGCUUUAGACAUGCCUGAUUAAACCAAAAGAAGAGACCUUUAUUUUUUUCAAUUUCAAUUCUAAUGUAAUAUGUGCCGUAAACUCAAUUGGUGUGGAAUACACAUUGGUUUUACAUUCAGUAUUGAAUUCAUAUAAAUUCUGUUCAG